AUGAAGCUGAAAUCCGGCGAAUCGGAUAAUUGGAAAGAAUCGCUGAGCAGGGAGAAUUUGAAAAGUUUCAGGCAGGAUGAACUUAAAGAUUUGGGUUUAGAAGAGCUGAUCAAAGUGCACAAUACCGACUGUGUGAAUGUUGGCCGUCAUUGCUCUAAACUUCUCGAUGAUGCUAUAAAAGAAAAAGUCGAUUCAUACUUGGACUCACCGGAAUUUUUAAGAUCGGAAAACCACGCGAGUGCAAUGAAAGCGUAUCAGUUCUUAAAAACCGCUUAUCCGGAUAUCGCCGUCUCCUCGAUACCACCGUUGAUCAAUUUUCUUGUCAAGUCUGGCCACGUGAAAGAGGCAGUCACCGUUUACAACGGGCGACCCAGCGGCAGUCUCUCUCCCCGUCGUAUGGAAACCGUUCUACAAUUAACCAAAAGUCUUGUGGACGAGGGAUCGUUGGAGAUGGCCAUCGAUCUGUUGCGGUCGUACCGUUCGACAGAAGGAGGCACCCCCGUCAGUCGUAGUGUUGCCACAGGCACCGUGUUCCAACUGAUCAACAAGGUGACCGACAGAUGCAGCGCUGCCGACUGCUGCCGUCUACUGGAGGCGCUAUAUGUUUAUGGCUUCAUUCCCAACAAUAACAGUGCUUUGGUUCGGGCCGUCGAACUUUACACCACUAGACUGCAGUUUGACAACGCCGUGUUCGUUUUCGAAGAUGUGGCGGCUCGCUUCCGACGACUGCCAUACGCCAACCGGCUCAUGGAGCUACUAAUUAAAAAGGAAAAUUCAGAACUUCUUCAAAGAGUAUUCGAUGCUGUUUCGAGAAGAAGAGGAGACAGUGCGGCCAUUACAAUGCUGGCCUUAGCUUUGGUGUCUGAAAAACGGUAUAAACAAGCGGAGCAUCUUUUAAUGAAGCCUGGUGUGGUCAUAGAUCAAGAACAGCUGGCAAGGUUUUGCCGACUGGCCGUCGAAAGAAAUAGAAUGUUCGAGCUGGAAGCCAUUCUUCAAGUCAUCAGCAAACAGGAAACCUCUUUCGACCGACGACAGCUGUACGCUUUUUUACUCAUCGCUUGCCGCAAUACCGCUGAUUGCCAGACGGCCUCAAAGGUUUGGCAAGCGAUGAAAGAGGAAUCGUUGACCCCAUCAGAGCGGGAAAUCAUUCUGUUCAACAAGAUUUUCAUGGAAAAUGGCCAACAAGUACCAAGCGACCUUCCCGCUCCUUCCAAACGUUCCGAAGACAAUUCUGCGACCAGGGGCACCACUCCCAGAGAAAACGAUUUUUUUGAAGGAAGGACUAAACCACUCGAAAGGACUCUUCAGUCGUUGUUGUUGGACAGUGAAGUCAUCGCAGUGAUUCGCCAGGGCUUUCGACCGUCGAUACCGUUGCUCAGAAAUGUCUUGAAAAAUUUUGCCGAGACCGACGAUCUGCUUUCCAUGCGUAAGCUAGAAGGAAUGCUGCACCCUACGGAAUCCAGACCCUUGAGGAUUUCUCAGGCCAUUCUAAUGGCUUCCAUUAACAGGGGCGAAUAUGAUGAAAUUCUGCGAACUAUAGCGAUGCGGCCAACUGCCAACAUUUCUUCUUCAGUAUUUGCUAAUUUAUUGCAGAAAAAUCCUGAUCUGGAAAAUAAAGUUUCGUUGUAUGGUGAAACGGCUUUCAAAUUUGGUAACCCUUCUCCAAAGAUCGGACUUUGGCUAUAUUAUUUAAUUGCCAACCGGGAAGCAGACGCCAACUUGAUUUUGGACCAGGUCGGUUCAGACAUCAUUUUGGACUACAUUCGUCCCUUCUAUCUCAUGGAUUUGGUGCGCUCCCUCAAACGCAAGGACUUGCUAGAGAAAGUUCUGAAAACCGUCAAAGAUGUACCGAACAGCUAUCGCGUGUCUGCCUUUUACGCGCUGCUCAUCAGCCAAGAAAUCGGUGAGCGGAAUGUGGAUCGGGCAAAAGCGCUGUUUGACGAAGCGAAAGAUGCCGGGCUGACGGUGGGCAGCUUGAUGGCCACCGUCGAGGAAAGGUUGCAACGAAUAAGCAGUGGCGACGAAACGGCGUUCUGCGAGAAGCUGUACCCUGAAGAUGAAUUGCACCCAGAUGAACAAGGACAGGACUGA